AUGGACAGUUUACCGGCGGGGUUUGACAAGGAUUUGUUAAAGGCGGCUCUGGCAUCGCUACGCGAUGAGGACACUAGUGGCAGCGGGGGCGGGGGGAUGGAAUUGACGGACGACUUGGUCUCGCGCGUAGGGCAGCGUUUGCAGCACCUGCAGGCCCUCGCCGCCGCGCGGGCGCCGCCCAAGUCCCCCGCACUUGCGCCCAACUCCCCCGCAGUUGCGCCCAAUUCCCCCGCUGUAGCUGCGCCUGACGGUGAAGGGGGGAGUGUGCUGGGUUCUCCCGCCGUACAGGCGGGAGAACCUCAAAGAGAAGCCCAGGGGGAGCAGGCGGAACACGGCCGCAGCGAGUUGGGCGCAGAUGGCGCAGGGGAUAAUGCUGGAGACACGGGACAUGUAUCGCAAACGGGGCAUGCUAUAGCGGACACUGGGCAAAAGGACCAUGAGGGGGCGGAUGGUGGGGCGGGAGCGGGGACAUCCGGCGAAGGCGCGUGUGGCGGAGAUAAGGAGGCAGGCGGAGCGGAGCAGACAGGACAGGAGGGCGGGAAUGGGGCAGCGCUCCCGACCGAGGGGGACGCGAAUGGGGGCUUUGUCAAAAGGGCAGGGGAAGGUGAAGGGGAAGGAGCGGAGGGCGGGAUGGGCAAAAAUUCCAGUAUGCCAGUUGCGCAGGUGAACACUCCGCCAGUAGCGGGAGCGGUGGCGCACGCGGAGGAGAAUGCGGAGAAGAUUGUAUUGGCGGGAUACAGCAAUGAGCGCGACCAGCGAACCAGCGAUAACGAGCAUCAACAUGCACAGGGGCAAGCGCAUGGGCAAGGGCAUGGGCAAGCGCAUGGGCAAGGGCAUGGGCAAGCGCAUGGGCAAGGGCAAGAGCAGGGGCAAGGGCUAGGCGGAAGCCGCCAGCUGACUCCCACCCCUGGCGCGCAGGAUAUAGCGCCCGCAGCGGCGGAAAACAACAGCCCCGCGCAGGCCGCGGCGGUGCCAGCCGGUGGAGAAGCGGCAGCGGGGCGCGGAGCCGACUCUUUCGCGGAAGAGAGACCGGGGAACGGGGGGGCGGGCGGGGAAGGGUCGGAAGGGAUGGGCGGAGACGGGGGAGAUGGCGGAGAGGACGAGGAUUCUGAAGAGGGCGUGGAGAAGGAAGCGAGUCGCAUGCUGUCGUCGCAGUACCGCGGGGUGGUGCCGCAGCCGAACGGGCGGUGGGGCGCGCAGAUCUACGAGAAACACAGCCGCGUGUGGCUCGGCACGUUCAACGGCGAGGAGGACGCGGCGCGCGCGUACGACCGCGCGGCGCUCAAGUUCCGCGGGAGAGACGCGAUGACGAACUUUAGGCCCAUGCCCGAGUCGCACCCUGAGAUCUGCUUCAUCAUGUCGCAGCCCAAAGAGAAGCUGGUGGACAUGCUCCGCAAGCACACGUUUGACGAGGAGCUCGCCAACGCGAACCUCGCGGACGCCGCCUCAUCUCCGCCUGCGCCGCCCAACGCGCACGCGCUCGCGCUCCCCGCGCCUUCCCCGCAGCAAGGGCAGGGGCAGGGCGCGCUGAUGCUGCCAGCGCAGGGGCAGGCGCAGGCGCAUCACCACGACCCCCCUUACCCGGGGCAUUCCCCGCUCUCGCUUCCGCCAUCCGCGCAUCUCCACCCCGCGUCCUCCGGUUUCCCCGCCGGUUCCUCCCCCUCUGCGCCGCUCGGCCCAGGUCGGCCCGCGCAGGACGGCGCCGGGACGCCCCUCCGCAUCGUUGGCAGCGCGGGCGCUCCCGCGGGCGCGGUGAUGGGCGGCGGGCGGGAGCUGGGGUUUCCCUCUUCUGAGGCCGCGCAGUCAGGCGGAGGAGGGUUCCAUGGGGGAGGGGGAGGCGCAGGCGGGGGAGCAGGACCAGGCGGGUACGGCGGAGGGGGCGGCCAGGUGAUGGGGGCAGCCGGGGGAGGCGCAAUGGGGGGUUCGAUUGGGGGAGGCAUGGGCGGAGCGAUGGGCGGAGGCGGCGGGGGCGGGGGUGGCGGGGGGGGAGUGAGCAUGGCGGGGAAGGAGCAUCUGUUUGAGAAGGCGGUGACGCCGAGCGACGUGGGGAAGCUGAACCGGCUGGUGAUUCCCAAGCAGCACGCCGAGAGGUGUUUCCCGCUCGACCCCAACCUGCCCACGCCCGCCAUGACUCUCUCCUUUGAGGACGAGGCCGGCAAGCACUGGCGCUUCCGCUACUCGUAUUGGAACAGCAGUCAGAGCUACGUGCUGACCAAGGGGUGGAGCCGCUUCGUCAAGGAGAAGCUUCUGGUCCCGGGGGACAUCGUCUACUUCCACAGGGGCACCGCGGGGGACCUCUUUAUAGGCUUCCGCCGCCGCCCCGCGCAGGGCUUCGCGCCCUCUGCCGCCGCAUCCAGCGGGGGCGCGGGAGCCGCGCUGGGCUCCGCGGAUGGGGCGCAAGACGACCCCAUGGGGCUGCAGGGGAGGUCCUGGCGGAGGCCUUCCCCGCCCCGCCAGGCGGGCGUGGGGUAUGGGGGGUUUGGGGGAGGCGGGCAGCGGAGAGCGGACGGGGGAGGGUAUGGGCGGGACGAGGGGGAGGAUAGUAUGGAUGGGGAGGUGGGGAGUGUAGGCGGGGGCGGGGGAGGGGGCGGUGGGGAGCAGGGGAAGCUGGGCGCGAGCAAUCUCGCGGCGCUGACUGCAGCGAAGCUUCCUGCGUCGCUUCUUGCACAGCUAGGCCCGUCGGGCGUGGCGCAGCUGGCGUCACUGCUGACGUCAGUGACAGUCCCGGGGGUGGUGAAGGGAUCAGUACAAGAGCAGUUGGUGAAUGCUGCAGUGGCUAAGGGUUUAGCGGCGGGGCUGUCGAGGGACCAGAUCGUGUCGUCCAUUGCCGCCCUGCUCGCGCAGCAGCAGGCCAUGCGCAACUCCUCCUCCGCUACAGACAAAGCCGGUGAUGCGCAUGGCGGGUCGCAUGGGGACGGCGGUGUGGGCGGCACGGGGGGGAUGGGCGCGCCGUCGUUGCUGGUAGCGCCUGGAGCAGGGGGGGCGGGAGGGCCAGGGGGAGGAAUGGGGGGAAUGGGGGCCAUGAAUUCAGACGGUCUCGGACAAGAGGCAGCAUGGGAUCAGGGCGGUCCCUCCCAGCCUCCCCCUUCCCUCCACCCCCCCCUCUUCCACAUGCCGCAGUCACUACCUCCCCUGGGUGGCACCCGCCCGGGGGGGUACGGAGGGGCAGGGGGGCUGGCGGGGAGGAAGCGGGCAGCGCCGGAGGAUUCAGCAGAGCCGUCGGGGAGUCGGGGGGACGUGGGGGACGGGGGCGCGGACGAUGGCGCGUCUAUGGCGUCUGGCAUGGGCGGGGGGAAGCGCAUGGCGUCCCUUGCUGCUGCCAGUGCGGCUGCUGGCGGGGGUGGCGGAGGUGGUGGGGGCGGGGGUUUUGGGGGAGGUGGUGGAGGGCUGGGGGGGUUGAUGGGUGCGCGAGUGAGUGGGCUUGGUGAUGUUGGUAGGGAGUCUCCUGGCGGGUCCCCUUUCUACCAGCACCAGCAGCAGCACCAGCAGCAGCACCAGCAGCAGCACAACCAGCAGAACCAGCAGAUGCCUCAGAUGCAGCAGCAGUCACGGGGAGGGUUCAUGGGAGCAGGCAGCAUGGGAGCAGCAGGUGGUGUGGCGGGUGGAGCAGCAGCAGGCGGUGCAGGGACAGCAGGAGGUGGUGGUGGCGGUGGUGGGGGCAGAGGGGGCUCGCCCCCCUCCAGCCUGGGCCCUGAGCGCUCAGGCAACUCCUCCCCCGGUGCUGCAGGCGCGGGCAUGAUGGGGGGCGCGGGGGAUGGCGCAGGGGGAUUCGGAGGUGGAUUGGGGGGGCUGUCAGGAUCAGCAGACGCAGCAGGCUUGGGAGCAGGGAGCAUGGCGGAUAACGCAGGGGGAGCGGGCGCACGGGGUGGAGCGGCAGGGGGAGGGGGAGGCGGGGGAGCCGGAGGCGCUGGGGGAGAGGAGAGCUUGAGAGUGAAGUGCUUUGUAGAGGGGUCACCGUUCGGUGUGUCGGUGGAUCUGAGUCGGUUCCAGUCGACGCAGGAGCUGAGGGAGGCGCUGCUGUCGGUGACAGAGGGGUCGUCCGUGGUGUACCAGGACCACCCUUUCGUCACCAUGUCGGAGCUCGAGAUUAGAUUCAAGAAGGCCGCGUACCUGAUCCGCAACGGCCCGCCGAAUCCCAAGGCGACGACCGAGGAGAAGCUCAAGUACUACUCCUUCUUCAAGCAGGCCACGGAGGGCGACGUGAAGGGAUCCCAGCCGCUGUUCAUCCAAUUCGAGGCGCGGCAGAAGUGGGACGCGUGGAACGCGAUUAAGGGCAUGUCGGCGGAGGAGGCGAUGCAGAAAUACAUUGAUAUCCUCGCCGCUGAUGACCCCAACUGGGAGUCGCACCCCGUGCUCGCUGACUUCAAGCCCGAGUAA